GAAGGUGAGGAGAUAAGGAGAGUUUGGAAAACAGAAGGCUAAGAGAGAAUAUGGAGAGUAGUGAGGGAAUUAGGUGUAAGGUAUGCGUGACCGGCGGUGCUAGUUACAUAGGCUCUUGCCUUGUCAAGAAGCUUCUGCAAAAGGGCUACACCGUCCACUCCACCCUCAGAAACUUUAAGGACGAGUCAAAGAUAGGCCUUCUGAGAGGGUUGCCUCAUGCUAAUGAUGAGAGACUGGUGUUAUUUGAAGCAGACAUAUAUAAACCAGACGAGUACGAGCCAGCAAUUCAAGGCUGUGAGAUUGUCUUUCACGUUGCUACUCCCUAUGAACAUCAAUCGGAUUCUCUGCUGUUUAAGAACACAAGUGAAGCUGCAAUAGCGGGGGUGAAAAGCAUAGCUAAGUAUUGCAUUAAAUCGGGAACGGUGAGACGGCUAAUUUACACUGCCUCGGUGGUUGCUGCUUCUCCGCUUAAAGAUGACGGCUCUGGUUUUAAAGAUUUCAUUGAUGAAACUUGUUGGACGCCUCUCAACCUUUCAAUGGGGACUCUUCAUCAGUGGUACACUGAUUCGAAGACACAGGCUGAGAGAGAGUUGCUGAGUUAUGGAAGCGGUGAAAAUGGUGGGGGAUUGGAGGUGGUGAGUUUGGCUUGUGGCCUGGUGGGAGGGGAUACUCUUCUGAGUUACACACCCUUGAGUGUUACAUUGCUUUCCUCUCAGGUACAAGACAAUGAAGCCGCAUACCAGUCUUUGAAGUUCUUAGAAGAAUUGGAUGGAAAAAUCCCAAUAGUUCACGUUGAAGAUGUCUGUGAAGCUCACAUCUUCUGCGCGGAGAAUCCAUCAAUUAAUGGCAGAUUCUUGGUUGCAAGCUCAUAUGCAUCAUCCGCAGAAAUUGCAAAUUAUUAUCUUCAAGCCUAUCCCGAAUUCAAUUUGAACCACAAGUAUUUGGAAGGGCCAAAAAGGGAUAUAAAAUGGGCGUCAAGGAAGCUGACAGACAACGGGUUUGUGUACAAAAAUGACCUGAAGAUGAUAUUGGAUGAUUGUAUCAGAUGCGCAAGAAGGAUGGGCGACCUCUAGUUUUUUUAAUUCUGAAAGCUUGCAUGCGGAUCCUCUCAAGUUUGGAGUCCUUCUACAAUCUGCAUCCUUUCUUUUGCAAAUUCCAUCCACUGCAUUAAUGACAUUUACGGUUAUUAAUAAAUUUGUCCCUUCCAAUAUUAUUUUAAAUGUAUCUAUUAUUUACUUUGACAGUGGAGAAACAGAUUUUUUUUUUAAUCAA